AUAGAGCUCCAAGAUGGCUCCCACCAAACGCAUUCCACUGUCCUUGGUCGAAGUCGUGCAUGCACCGCAACAUCCCAUGAACGCACUACUGUAAAUUUUGUUGUUGACAGUUUACGGUACCUUUUGAGGUUAAAAUUAUAAAUUUCAAGUUUUUCAAAAAGCACAACAUCAAACUGAGCCCAAGGAUUGAAAAUACCACUUUUCCCUAUAAAAGGAAGCUUAUUCCCAUCAAUAGGCUUUCCUUGUUAGGCUACCUGCUUUAUUUUGUUUAACUCACUCAUAGUGUAUAACACCUGAAGAAAGCAAAGGAGGAAACAACGCCAAUCUCCUUUCAUCGUAAAUGAGGGUGAAGCCGUUAUCACUUCAGACUUGUGCUUCUUCAAACGAAAUACAGUAGCAUAGGCAUGACUUUCACUGCAAUCACUCAAUAUUGUCUCCAGUACAUACCAGGUUUAUGUCAUCCUAAAGAAAAAUAGAUCUCUGCUGGUGAUGCAAGUGAAAUCCUUUUCAUCAAUGCUGAAUUGGUUUCUAUUGAAUAACCUCUAAGGAAGGAAAUCCAGGAAAGGAAGACAACAACAGCAAGCGGGUGAGGCUGCUAUACAUUGAAGACUUGUGCUUCUUUACCAAUUGCAAGUUUUUGCCAAGUUUGUCUUCCUUGGAAUUCAUCCGAUGCUUCUGAAAAUAAGUAUGCUCUACAGAUACUCUUGACUCAAUCUCAGAUGAAAGUGGAAAUAAUUUAAUGAAUUGUUAUAUUCUAGAAAAAUGAAUAUAUAAUUGCAGCCUAAAAAGAGUUUCUACUAAAAAUAAGUGUUGAGUUCGUCUGUAUGUGAAAAACGUUUCUAUAUUUACUGUGAUAUAAUAACAUUUUCAUGCUGUGUUGAAAAACAUUCUACGAAAAAAACAAUCAUUGGAUGCAGAUGAAUUUUAUAAAUGUGACUAAUUACAAAGUAUUUUCAAUACGUAACACCAACUUAGAAUAUUUCUAGUGGUGUAUUUACGUCCUAAUCUAUAGUAGUGGUGGUGUUUGAAUUUGAAAUAGUGAAUAUUUAGCUCGUUUCUCUGCCUAUUUAACUGCUUGCAAUGGUAGACACGUGGGAUGAAAAACUGUUUUUUACUAAAAAAGACAAAAUUGAAUUCGUUAAUAACAUUAAAGAUCGUCCAGGAAUUUGGGAUCAUUUUAAUCAAACUGGUAGCCGGCAAGAAAAGAGUGACCGAAGAAGUCAACUUUGGGGCGAGAUUGUCGAAAUUUAUGGUGGAAAAGACCUGUCACCCGAAGAUCGUGAGGACAUCGACGAUUUGCUGAAGAGAAGGUGGGGGUAUUACAGGGACCAUUACAUCAAGUGCUACAAGGAUGAUACCUACAAAUAUAAAGAAGACCCAUUCUAUAAAGUGUUCAGCUUUCUGAACGAAAAUAUCCUUAAAAAAAUGGAGUUCAGAAAACUGAAGAAGGAAGACAUAGUUAGGUAUCCUAAGGCUCCUAGAAGGAAACCUAAGAGCAGAAGGCAAAUGAGACUAGAGCUUACAAAACAAAACUACCAAACGGUUGGUGACAGAGAAGGAGAGAGUCCUCAAAAUGGUAAUAUUAGAGUAGAGGAAAUCCCAAUUGAAAACUCGCAAAUUGAUAGUGUUGGAGAAGAUGAACUCCCAAUCGAGAUUGAUGGUUAUCAGGAAGACUCUAUGUUUAAUAUCGUGAUGGAAGAUAGUGAUGAUGACACUAAUAACCAAAGUCAAAACAAAGACAACACGAUUGUUGAAAGUCAUGAAACAAACAUUAGUGUAUCCAAUAAAUCUAAUAAAAAUGUACCGGUAUUACCAAAAACUCAACCGCAGUCUUCGAUAACUCAAUCGGAAAUAGACGAAUGUGAUGUUUUCGGUAGGUUAGUUGCCUUCAAACUGCGUAAGCUAGAUCUUCGUUCAAGGACUAGGAUACAGUAUUUUAUCCAUCAAGCAUUAUACCAAGCUGAAAUGGGUGGAAGUGAAGAUCAAGUCAACAUGAGUUAAAUCAUUGAAUGAAUCAGUAUUUUUUUGUUUUCACAUGAGUUGAUUGAGAGGAAAGAGUUAAGACAAUUUUAACUUACUACUAGUAGGUAACCACUCUACAAUCUUCUAAAAUAGGGUAGACUAAUAAGCUCACGCUGCAUGGAAAAAGCUGCUUAAAUAAUUUCCCUCCUCAGUAGAAUUGUCUGCUUCAAACAAAUUGACAAGUUUAUCAUUGCAGUGGGUCUGAAUACUCUUACUUGAUUCCAAAUAUUUUAUAUAAAAAUAUACCAUUGAUAUCAACUGAGACAGUUUAUUUGAUUUUUCCCUUCAUGUGUUAUACUGAAAGUGAUGUAUAUGGUAUCCAUAUUGAAUAAACAAUUGAAUAGACAAUUUAAGUCGUUUAAGAAUUGAAUUUCAAUAUGUUUAAGAUUAGUAUAUUGUCUAGAGUUGAUUUGAGUAGUAUAUUCUGGUGUAGAGAUCCAUUGUUUUGGCUAAACUAUUGUUAUAUAGAAAUAUUACUUGAGUAGAGAUUUCCCAACUCAAGAUGAGCAUUUGAUGACUUACAGUUUACAGUACAGCAUACGUACAUUUUGUGUGCAUAUUUACUUUCACUUGCCAUUUAUUAUAUGUACCAUUUGGCUCCUGAAAUAUGAAUUUCAAUGUUAAUUUUGUCAUGGAGACAUCAUUAAUUGAUAAAUGUUCCAGAAAAAAUGUUUUAUUGUUCCAAAUUAUCAUUGUUCUCUUUAUUUACCUACUCACAAUUCUAGUGGGCGAGUAGACCUAAUGUCAUAGACAUCUAUCAAAACAUCUUUCUAGAUUACGGACUAAUGUGAUGCAUGUAGAUGUAAUAUAGUAUAUUUUUAUAUUGUAAAUAAUAAUAUAAUUUAGUAUGUUUAAUAUUUUUUUGAAUAAGAAUAAUUUAUUAUGUAUUCAUUAUUUACUGUUGAAAUGAUAGUUAUAAGGCAAAUACAAAAAUGUUUCCCCAAAGACAUUUGAAAAUAAAUUUGAAUGAUUGAAUAACUGA